AUGGACUUAGAACUGGGCACAAAACCUUGGAAAAAACUACGGACACAUCAAUCAGGAAUUCGAUCAAUUACAUAUCACAAACGUUAUCCUUUACUUGCUACUGUAUCAGAUGAUGCAACAGCAAUAGUUUAUCAUGCUAGAACAAGUCAAGAUUUGGAAAAAGAAAAUGAAUUAGUACCAGUUAAACGUCUUUUUGGACAUAAAAUUUUGGCAAAAAGGGAAUUAACUAAAUUAAAAGAACAAAAAAUAAAUGAAGAAAAUAUACAAGAAGAAGAAGAGGACAAUAAGGAUGAAGAGGAGAAGAAGAUAAACAACAAAAAUCAAGAUGAGAAUUCUGACAAUGAAGAGACACCUCAAACAAAACUUGAUAAUACUCGGUUGUCCAUACUUUGUGCUACUUUUCAUCCAAUUCAGCCUUGGUUAAUAACUUCUGGUGCUGACGGAAAUAUUGCAUUAUUUACUUAUUAAUUAAAAAUAUAUAAAAAUUGUUAUUUUUUUUUAUUGUUUUUAAAUAAAUUUAUAUGUUUAUUCGUAAAAGAUUUGUUAUUUUUUCACAAGCUUCGAUAAAAAUUGCUCCCUAAAUUGCACAUAAAGAGUGAAAGGAGACUAGGAAAACUCAAUGUGACAUUUUUAAAUAAUUUGUCCUUCUGACCAUUUUUUAAUUACCGCUAGUUUAGGUUAUUCGUUAUUUUACUCAAAGUAGGGAUUUUUCCCUCGCAUUAAAGAGCACUAAAGAGCGCACACACAAUUAGAGAAACAAUAAAGGAAGAGAGUGUUUUUACGGUUAUCUUUGUCUCUGAAUUCUUAACCCAAUAUUUUGUUUAUUUUAUAUCGCGUCUGAAAGUUUGAGCUGUUUAAAAACUUUACAUCGUUGUAUGGGUGGUUGAUAACGAUAAAUAUAGGAAGCGUUUUUUUAUUUUUGAAUGCCAAUUUUAUUGGCAGAUAUUUUUUGUUCGGGGUGUUAUUUUUUGUUCGGGGUGUAACAGUGAUAUUUUUUUGUAGUUGAUCGUUAAUUCCCGUUGUCUUAUCG